CAACAGCAAGCGGCGGCCUGGCGCUGCCGGCUCUCGGCAGCUGACGUUGCUGUCGUGGCUCCGCCCGUGCAGAAGCUGCCCUGCCGCCUCCAUGGAGCAAAGGCUGGCCGAGUUCCGAGCUGCCCGCCGUGGCCCCGGCGACACGGUUCACUCGGCCAAGCCCUCAGAAAAGGCGAAGACGGCGGCGACUGUCACGACGACAACGGCGGCAACGGCGCAGGCCCCAAUCCAGGCCCAGCCCCCGAAUGAGGAAUCUAUUCGAAGAACAGAACGCCCCAAGGACAAAACUGUUACAUCCCCUCUGCCAUGGUGGACCCAUUGCUUUCUCAUGAAUGUGACUUUCCUCAAGUUUCUUCUCUGGCUGGUUUUACUAGGACUGUUCGUGGAACUGGAAUUUGGUUUGCCUUAUUUUGUCCUUUCUAUGUUUUAUUGGAUCUAUGUAGGAACCCGUGGCCCUGAAGAAAGACAGACUGGAGAAAAAAGUGCUUAUUCUGUAUUUAACCCAGGCUGUGAAGCUAUUGAAGGAACCCUCACAGCAGAACAGUUUGAGAGAGAAUUACAGUAUCGGCCCUUAGCCGAGAGGUAACUGGUAUCAGUUCCAGUUAUUUUAUUAUAUCUACAAACUUCUUUAUCCUGGUUACUGUGAAUAGACUUCUUUUCUUUUCUUUGAACAAAAUUAAAACUGUUUUCUGUGAUAUUUUUCAUCUUAAAAACACUUUAAAAACACUAAAAAACACACUCAAUUAUCAUUGAGAGUCUAUCUGCACUUCCUGUUUCUAAUACAAAAACCAGGUAUUAAAGGGGGUUGAUUAUGUGAAGGCUGAUUCAAGCAUCCAUAUUUUUGCUUUUUUUUAAUUGGAUGUUUCCAUGGUGAACUAAAACAAUGCAUGUCUGGCAGUUUCUACUCAGAUUAAUAGUUAAGGGUUGAUAGUGCAUGCCAUGGGCACAUUAAAUCUGGAUAGAUGUAUAAGAUGGAGAAUAGCCAUUUUCUAAUGGUUAAUAUGAAAAGAAUAUGAAAUGGAGGGCCCUGGAAAGAAUGUGAUAUCUGUAAUUGGUAGAGUACUUAAUUGGAGAAAAUGAUAAUUCUGUAAAAUGAUGCCAAUUCAAAUACCAUGCUAAAGCAGCCUAAGAACUAGUGGUCAACAGAUUUUCUAGUUACCCAGACUUCUGAAAGUGUUUUCUAAAAAUCAGAAAGCUUAUAGCCAUCUCUGUAUUUGUGCACAAAUGCUUUUGGAUUUGGUCAAGAAAACUGUCUAUUCAUAAAAUAAAAGUUUCUUUCAUAUCAUGCCAUCUAAA